UUUUACGUCUGGGUAAUGCAUUUCAAAUUCAACGUGCAUACGAAAAUUCAGAUAUACACAUUUCAAUUCUCAGAUGCAGAAAUGCCAAAGGGAAACCCUAAACCGCCUCAGGAGAGGUGAAGGUGAAGGCAGAUCUGUUUGGUUGGGUGGGAAGAUUGUUCGAAGGAAGAUGCAUUUCGGAGAAUAAAUCAACAAACGCAGCAUUUGGGACUUCAUUUUUUUACUGUGCCUGAUAUUAUUUUUCCAGCUAUGGCUUCCGAUGCUAGAUGCCAAUCAGAGAAGGAGAAGAUGAUGGCAACGUGCCUGGUGGUGGCGGUGGGAGUUUCUCUGUUAGGAUUGUAUUUGAAAGGUGAUGACUUGAGUCACUGGAGGAGAAUGAGGAGGAGGAGGAAGAAGAAGAAGAUACGCGUGUACAUGGACGGAUGCUUCGACAUGAUGCACUACGGCCAUUGCAAUGCCCUACGUCAAGCUCGUGCUCUAGGGGACGAAUUGGUGGUGGGCGUCGUGAGCGACGCGGAAAUCAUAGCGAAUAAAGGUCCCCCUGUUACCCCUAUGCAUGAGAGGAUGAUCAUGGUUAAAGCCAUUAAGUGGGUGGACGAGGUGAUUCCGGACGCACCAUAUGCAAUCACCGAAGGUUUCAUGAAGAAGCUCUUCGAAGAAUAUAAUAUCGACUAUAUCAUCCACGGGGACGAUCCUUGUGUUCUUCCUGACGGAACUGAUGCUUAUGCCCUUGCGAAGAAGGCUGGCCGCUACAAGCAGAUUAAGCGCACGGAAGGAGUCUCAAGCACCGAUAUAGUUGCAGGUAGAAUGUUACUUUGUACGCGAGAGAGAUCAAUUAUUGAUAGUCACAAUCACUCAUCUUUGCAAAGGCAGUUCAGCCAUGGUCAUAGCCCGAAAAUUGAAGAUGGUGGGCCUGGAACUGGAGCUAGUACUCGCGUUUCUCAUUUUCUUCCCACUUCUCGCAGAAUUGUUCAGUUCUCCAAUGGCAAGGGGCCAGGUCCUCAAGCCCGCGUAGUGUAUAUAGACGGUGCUUUUGAUCUUUUUCAUGCUGGGCAUGUUGAGAUCCUGAGGGUUGCUCGAGGACUUGGAGAUUUUCUUCUCGUUGGAAUACAUAAUGAUCAUACAGUCAGUGCUAAAAGAGGAGCACAUCACCCUAUAAUGAAUCUUCAUGAAAGAAGUUUAAGUGUUUUGGCUUGUCGAUAUGUCGAUGAGGUGAUAAUUGGUGCUCCAAGUGAAGUUUCUAAGGACAUGAUAACAACCUUUAACAUAUCUUUAGUAGUUCAUGGAACAGUAGCGGAGAACGUUGAGUAUGAAAAGGAAAGGUGCAAUCCAUAUGCUGUUCCAAUUAGCAUGGGUAUCUUUAAAGUUUUGGAAAGCCCUCUGGACAUUACAACUACCACAAUAAUUAGGAGGAUUGUAGCAAAUCAUGAAGCAUACCAGAAACGAAAUGAAACAAAGGGAGAAAGUGAGAAAAGGUAUUAUGAAGACAAGACAUACGUUUCUGGUGAUUGAAGUUGAACUGAGAUCAGAGACCACAUGGAUAGUAGGUGAAAAGCAGAGGUGUCAAGUUUGAACUUGACAUUUCAGAAGUGGUCCCACUGGACCAACAACAUAACACACAGAGUUUCCAGUUGAUAAUUCAAAUUGGUUUCAUCUUCGAUGCACCCACGAAGCUUACACAUGACCUUGCAAAAGGCUUUUUGGUUGGUAGCAGGCUGCGUUUGGAUUCAUUAAAGCAUUGGUUCAGCCUUCAACGGUCUGUUAAACCUAAAUUGAAGACCAUUUAGUCAACAUAUUGUUCUAAAGAAUAUGCUUGCUCUAGUACUGUGAUUUGUCAUUAUUGGCAUUUGGGUUCUCUGCUGUCCAUGGAAAUUAUGCUACUGCGCAUUAAAACCCAAAUGUAAAUGUAAAAUAAAUUGCAAUGUUCAAUAGGAAAAGUCCCUUUUGAACAAAGUGUAAAUUGAUGUGUGAAUAAGACAAUCUCUGUACGUUUACUCUCUUUGUCUAUACAAGGCUGGCAUUAAGAACACAAAA